AUGUUAAAUAUCAUUGCAAAAUUCCACAAAAUUCAAGUUCAAGACGGUGUGAAGGUUUGGUAUCGUGAAGCAGGAUCAGCAGAAAACCCUACGAUUUUAUUGCUACAUGGGUUCCCCACCUCCUCCAACAUGUUCAGGAACCUCAUUCCUUUAUUAAGUACACACUUCCACGUUAUUGCCCCAGAUCUACCUGGGUUAGGAUUUACAGAGACACCUGACAACUAUAUGUUCAGCUUUGACACUCUAAGUAAGAAUGUCGGAUAUUUUCUAGAUGCUAUGAAGAUUGAAAAUAUUGCAUUUAUAUAUUUAAUUAUAGUUCUCUUGCAAGCUUCUAGUUAA